AAAUUAUCAGUGCAAUGUCUCGUGUUACUCAUGUUAAUAAUUGGCUUCGUACUACAGUGCCUACAAAUUCCAUAUGGACUCUCUGUGCUGUUUUAUCUGUAACUAUUAGGCUAUUAAUGACGAGAUUAAGACGCAAUCCAUUUUAGUUAAAAAUGGUUGCUCUUCUUCUCUGAAUAAUUGACCACUUAUUCUCAUCUUUUCUUCUUACUGUCACCAAUGUCACCCGCUAGUUGUUCUCUCUGUGUUUUUCUUUUCCUUUCCAUCUUCUCCUGUAUCAAAUCCGAUGAGCUUCAGAUAUUACUGACGCUCAAAGCUGCCAUUGGAGGAUUAGACACUGAUGUAUUUUAUUCCUGGAGCUUAAAUAAUCAUGUUUGCAAUUUUACAGGGGUCACUUGCAACUCACAUAAUUCAGUCAAAGAAAUUGAGCUUUCUCACCAACAAUUGACAGGAACUCUUCCUUUUGAUUCAAUAUGCCAACUGCAGUCCUUGGACAAGCUCUCAUUUGGGUUCAAUUCUUUGUAUGGCACAAUCUCGAAAGAAUUGAACAACUGUAUAAAUUUACAGUACCUGGAUCUUGCCAACAAUGGCUUCUCGGGUUCAUUUCCAAGCGUAUCGUCUCUCAGUGAAUUACGCUAUUUUUAUCUGAAUAAUAGCGGAUGUUCUGGCGAUUUUCCAUGGGCAUCACUUGAAAACAUGACAAAUCUGGUUGUAUUGAGCCUUGGCGAUCAUAAUUUCACUCCUGCUCCGUUUCCAAAUCAAGUUUUGGAGCUCACCAAGCUGAAUUGGCUCUAUUUAUCAAACUGCAGCCUUCAGGGUCAAAUUCCAGCCGAAAUUGGGAUUUUAGGGGAGCUCAUAGACUUGGAGCUCUCUGAAAACAAUUUAACUGGCGAGAUACCACCAGAAAUUGGGAAGCUCAGCAAAUUGUGGCAGCUCGAGCUUUACCAGAACAGAUUGACAGGACAACUCCCCGUUGGAUUGAGAAACUUAACUAAUCUUCAAUUUUUUGAUGCGUCAACCAACUUUCUUGAAGGCAAUUUAUCAGAAGUGGGCUUCCUGACAAAUCUGGUGUCUCUUCAGCUGUUUGAGAACCAGUUUUCUGGUGAAGUACCAGCUGAGUUGGGCCAGUUUAAAAAACUGGUGAAUCUUUCUUUGUUCAGCAACCAGUUGACUGGACCGUUGCCUAAAGAACUUGGCUCUUGGGCUGAGUUUGAUUUCAUUGACGUUUCAGAGAAUUUAUUGACAGGUCCGAUUCCACCAGAUAUGUGCAAGAAAGGCACCAUGAAGGCGCUUCUUAUGUUACAAAACAAAUUCACAGGUGAAAUUCCUGCGAGCUAUGAGAAUUGCUUGACUUUACAGCGAUUCAGGGUUAGUAAUAACUCACUAACUGGAACUAUGCCAGCGGAAAUAUGGGGAUUGCCUCAUUUGAAUAUUAUAGACAUUGAGUUGAAUCAAAUUGAAGGACCCAUCACCAGAGAUAUUGGAAAAGCAAAAGCCCUUGCACAGCUAUUUGUCGCAAACAAUCGGCUAUCUGGUGAAUUACCCGAGGAAGUUUCGGAAGCUUCAUCUUUUGUUGCUAUUGAUCUCAGUAACAAUCAGUUUUCGGGCAAAUUUCCGGGGUCAAUUGGGGACCUGAAACACUUAAGCACUCUUAAGUUGAAGAACAACAUGUUCUCUGGUUCAAUUCCGGAGUCAUUAGGUUCUUGCAAAUCUCUAAGCGACCUAAACAUGGCUCGCAACUUAUUUUCUGGGCAAAUUCCAUCAGUUCUAGGGUCUUUACCGACUCUUAACACCCUGAAUAUAUCAGAAAAUCAACUUUCUGGUCAAAUUCCAGCGAGUUUAUCGUCUUUGAGACUUGUUAUUCUUGAUCUGUCUAACAAUAGACUAACUGGUCGCAUACCAGAAUCUCUUUCCAUUGAAGCAUACAAUGGCAGCUUCGCUGGGAAUUCCGGUCUCUGCAGUGAGACCAUUAGCUCCUUCAAGCGAUGCUCCCAGAAGUCAAAGAUAUCGAAGGAUGUCCUCACACUCAUAAUUUGCUUUGCUUUAGGUACAUCGAUCUUGCUUGUCUCGUAUGCUUGUUUCUUCUUCUUUAAGAAGAGAGAAAAAGAUCAAGACCCUUCAUUGAAGGAAGAAUCCUGGAACAUAAAGCCUUUCCGAGAAUUAAUCUUCUCUGAAGAUGAGAUUAUUGAUUCCAUAAAGCAAGAGAAUCUUAUAGGAAAAGGAGGGUCUGGAAAUGUAUACAAAGUUAUGUUAUCCAGUGGUAGAGAACUUGCUGUGAAACACAUCUGGAAUACUGAUGCCAAAGGCCACAAAAGAUCCCGGAGCACUACUCCGAUACUUCGUAAAUGUGGAGGAAACUCUCAGGAAUUUGAUGCUGAGGUACAGACAUUGAGCUCGAUAAGGCACGUAAAUGUGGUGAAGCUGUAUUGCAGUGUUACCAGUGAGGACUCAAGCUUGUUAGUUUAUGAGUAUUUGCCUAAUGGGAGCCUGUGGGAUCGGCUGCACACUUCCAGAAAAAUGGAGCUUGAUUGGGAGACAAGGUACGAAAUUGCAGUUGGCGCGGCAAAGGGCUUGGAGUAUCUGCAUCAUGGGUUCAUUAGGCCAGUCAUUCACCGGGAUGUCAAAUCGAGUAACAUUUUGUUGGAUGAAUUCUUGAAGCCAAGAAUUGCAGAUUUUGGGCUUGCUAAGAUUGUUCAAGCAAAUUGCACUAAGGACUCUUCUCAUAUAAUUGCUGGAACCCAUGGUUAUAUUGCUCCUGAAUACGGUUACACAAGCAAGGUCAAUGAGAAGAGUGAUGUGUAUAGUUUUGGUGUGGUGUUAAUGGAGCUGGUGACCGGAAAGAGGCCGAUAGAGCCUGAGUAUGGAGAGAACAGAGACGUAGUGAAUUGGGUAUGCAGCAACUUCAGCAGUAAAAAAAGUGUGAUAAGCCUUGUGGAUUCAAGAAUCCCUGAAGUCUUCAAGGAAGAUGCUGCAGAGAUACUGCGAAUCGCAGUUCUCUGCACAGCAAGGCAACCGAUUCAAAGACCGACUAUGAGAAGUGUGGUUCAGAUGCUGGAGGAAGCUGAGCCUUGCACAUUUGUGGGAAUGGUCAUCGACAAAGAUGGUACAACUGAGAAAAUAGAAGCCAAGGAAAAUGAGAAAAACAAUUCCAAUGCUUGAGUCAUCUCAGAUUAGGCUGAUGGGUUAGAAAUUUUCGGACCAUUGGCUUGUUGUAACAUGUGGUAGUUUUGUAACAAAUUAGAUCUUGAGAACUUGUAAAACAUUAGCUGUGACUUGGAGUUUGUAAUCGGUGAUUCUGUAGUCUGUGGUCCUUUAUGUUUUAAUUUCUAAGAUGAAGCAAAUGAUAAACCCAUCUUAAUCGGUUUAA